GCAACAUAGCACAAGCACCACUGACGUUACUGCAGCAAGCUGUGAGAGAGGUCUGGUCAGGAGCUGUCAAUCGCCCGAUAAAUGUAUUCUUUGCAACACCACUGCGCACAGCUCACAUUAGUGCGUUGAUGUCCACAUUCAUCUACAACUGGGAAAGCAGCUACUUAUGAUGUGAACGAUGCCGCACGACACGGAGGACAUUCGCAAAAGAUUCAUCCUUGCCACCACUGCAAACUACUUUGAACUGAAACCCCCCUCCUCGCUGUCAGACUGCACUGAGCUCAACAAUUUCCUUGAUGAUGGAAAUGAAUUCAUUCUUGCAGUCAUCCGAAAUGGACAGGACUUGAAACUGUCAAAUAGGAUUGAAUCUGGUGACAGCCAUGAGAAGGUCCUGGUGUUCUUCAAACUGCGGCCCUCCGUAAUCACAGAGGAGAACCUGCACCAGAAUGUGCUGGUCUCCUCCAUGCUGGAGUCCCCCAUCAACACACUGUACCAGGCAGUGCGACAGGUGUUCGCCCCAGUGCUUCUAAAGGAUGAGAAGUGGAGCAAGGCAUUUGAUCCCAAGCUCCAGAGUCUCCUGAGUGAGCUUGAGUCAGGUUUGGGCUCUGUAGUGCGGCAGUCAAACCCUGAGAACUCUGGGAAACAUAGUGCUAAAGAGGAAAAUGUUCUGGGUAUCCUAAGUCCCGGCGAUGAGUUUCAAUACUGGGCUGAUCUCGCUCAGUCAGCGGAAAAGGCAAGCGCCCGGGAUCGAGCAGCUCAUUUCUUGGAGCUCUUCAAGCCCAUUGAAAAGGACUAUGGCAACCUGGACAGUGUGGCGCUGCCUGAUGCAUUGGACCUGGUGGACCUGACCAGAGAUACUGUGGAUGACGUGUGGAAGCAGCCCGAUCAUGCUCCCUACUCUGAGGCACGCAUGCAGAGGCUCAUGGAUGUCAUCGGUGGAGCUCUGGGCAGGUACGUCCAAAGGAAGCUGAGCUCCCUGAAGCUGUGGGAGGACUCCUUCCUCUCCUUACGGGAGAGCCUGAGGACGGCCAUGGCCGUGUGCGAGCAGUGGGUCAGCGCCUGUGAGCACCUGACGGCACAGGUGUGGAAGCGCUACUCCCCGCACCCGUGGAAGGGGGACAAGCACCGCCCACAAGGCCUCAGCUGCCUCGCCCAGCGGCUGGAGGAGGUGGUGAUGAUCCGAACAGUUCACGAGAAGCUUCUGCGUCUCCUGCCAGUGGAUAGUCAGCAGGCGGUGUCCGCGUCCCGCGUGUUCGAACCCUUCUCUGGCCUCAACCCACUGCACUACAACCCUUACACUGAGCCCCUGUGGAAGGCGGCUGUGGCCCAGUACGAGAGAGCCAUAGGCCCAGCUGAGCAUCAGAUAGCUGGCAAGCUGAAGACCUGCCUCAGUGACAUGCAGGACAGUCCUCAACAGCUGCUCCAGGCGUUCCAGAAGCACAAAGAGCUGAUCAAGAGGCCGGCCAUCAGCAAAGAGCUGCAGUCUGAGAGGGAGACCCUCCUGGCCAAACUGCUGGACUACGCCAAAGGUUUACGCACAGACUUUGAGAACCGUUGUCAUGGCGCCCCAGGGGAGAAGUCAGGCCCUCUGGCAGGAAGGAACCUUCCGGAGGUGGUGAACAACAUCGUGUGGGUCCGACAGCUUGUGCUCAAGGUGGAUGACUCCAUUAAGAUCUCUGAGGCCCUGCUCUCAGACCUGACUGGGUAUCGCUCCUUCGUGCGCUUCUCUGACGACCUCCAGGAUCAGCUGCGCACCUACGAGCAGGACCAGUUUGAGGACUGGUCAAGAGACAUCCUCUCCGGCCUCUCCGAUCCCAAGUCUGGCAUCAGCCUGCAGGCGAGUAGCCGUGUGAUGGAGCUGGACCACCUGGACGGUAAGCUGAAGAUCCAGUACUCUGACCGGCUGGUGUCUCUGCUGCGGGAGGUGAGGCAGCUCUCCGCUCUGGGCUUCGCCAUCCCGGCCAAGAUCCUGCAGGCCGCCAACACCGCUGACAAGUUCUACAGACAGGCCAUCAUUCUCAAGCAGGUUGCCCACUUCUACAACACCAUUGACCAGCAGAUGAUCCCCUCCCAGAGGCCCAUGAUGCUGGGCUAUGCUCUGGCCUUCGAGCAAGUCAUCAAACAAAAUCCCAAGUCCAAUUCCCGGGAGUCUGCGGGAAAGCUCCAGAUCACCUGGGACAACCCCAAGGAGCUGGAGCUGUACAUCGGGAAGCUGCAGACGGCUGCCGAGCGCCUCUCCACGGAGAACCGCAAGCUGAGGAAGUGGCACACCGACUUCACAGAAAAGUUGGUGAAUCUGAUGAACGUUGAUCUGCUGAGGCAUCAGCAGCGCUGGAAGGACGGCCUACAGGAGCUGAGGACGGGGUUCGCCACCCUGGAGUCGCAGGGCUUCCGGUCGGGUGACAUGAAGGCAUGGCGUCAGCACUGGAACCACCAGCUCUACAAGGCCCUGGAGCACCAGUACCAAGUGGGCCUGGAGGCCCUCAACAAGAACCUGCCCGAGAUCUGCAUCGACCUCACCUUCAAACAGGGCCGUCUGCAGUUCCGGCCUCCGUUCGAGGAGGUGCGUGCCAAGUACUUCCGCGAGAUGAAGCGCUUCAUCUCCAUCCCCAACCAGUUCCGGGGUGUGAGCGAGGCCGGGGAGGAGCCCAUCUUCGCCGUCAUGAUCGACCGCAACGCCACCGGCUUCCUCACCAUCUUCGGCAAGGCCGAGGACCUCUUCAGCCGACUGCUGCAAGUGCAGGACAAGUUCAAGGACUGGGUGGUGCUGGGCCAGGUGGAUAUGGAGGUCUUGGUGGAGAAGCAUCUCCGCAGUGUGCAGGACUGGGAGAGGAACUUCAAGGCCCUCAAGGCCAAAGGCAAAGAGUCAGAGCGUCUCCCCAGCUUGGAGAAGGUGGACUGCAUCACGGUCAACUGUGAGCCGGUGAAGGCGGCCAUCGACGACCUGAUCCAGAGGCUGUUUGACACGCUGCUGGCCUCCCUCAGGAGGUCCAUACAAGGUCACACCCAGAACAUUGACACCUUCCUGAGCUGGGCCAUGGAGGCUUUGUCUGUGCGGCCCGAGAGCAUCGAGGAGAUCGGAGAGGCCAACGUCAAGCACGGAGAGCUGCAGGCCAAAAAGCCAGAGAUCCUGCCGCAGUUCCAGGAGGCGGAGGAGAAGAACCGUCUCUUACGUGCGGUUGCCGGCGGAGGCCUGGACUCCAUCAGCUCCCUCAGGGCCAAGUGGGACAAGUUCACACUCAUGAUGGAGAGCCACCAGCUCAUGAUCAAGGAACAGGUGGAGGUGAUGCGCUCCAACACGGAGAGCCGCAUCGAAACGUACUUGCAGGAGCUUCAGAAGUUCCGGGCUCGCUGGGACCAGCUGAAGCCGAGCCACGACGUCAUCGAGUCAGGUGACCCCGAGGCCCUGCAGAAGUGUGUCCAGACCAUCAAGGACAAGAGGGAGGAGUUCGCAGAGCUGGAGAUCACACGCAACAAACUCAUAGAGGACUGUCGGCACUUUGAGCUGGAGGCUCCGGACUUCUCGGAGGCUGCGGAGAUGGAGAGGGACAUGGAGGAGUUCUCUCAGAUGUGGAGCCUCUACGAGGAGUUCCAGGAGGGCUUCCAGGGCUGCGCCAAGGAGGACUGGAUCACAUUCAGGAGUAAGACGUAUGUUUUUGAGGAGUUCCUGUUUGCCUGGCAUGACAAACUGCGGAAGUUGGACGAGCACACCACCAUGUCUGUCAAGCUGCAGAAGGAGGUGGACAAGUAUAAGAGCCUGGUUCCUGUGCUGAAGUACGUGCGUGGGGAGCAGCUGUCCCAGGACCACUGGCUGGAUCUGUUCCGGCUGCUGGAUCUGCCGCGGGGCACCACCCUGGAGAGGCUGCUCUUCGGGGACCUGCUGCGCGUCUCAGACGCCAUCGUGGAGAAGGCCCUCGAGCUCAAGGACCUGAACAGCAGAGCGCAGGCUGAGGUGACCAUUCGAGAGGCGCUGCGGGAGCUCGACCUGUGGGGGGCAGGAGCGAGCUUCACCCUGACCGACUACGUGGACAGCAGCAGCACCACCAUCAAGCUCAUCAAGGACUGGAAGGACAUGGUCAACCAGGUGGGGGACAACCGUUGCCUGCUGCAGUCCCUGAAGGACUCCCCUUACUACCGGGGCUUCCAGGACAAGGUGUCCCUGUGGGAGACGCGGCUGGCCGACCUGGACGAGUACCUGCACAACCUCAACUCCAUCCAGAGGAAGUGGGUCUACUUGGAGCCCAUCUUCGGCCGCGGGGCCCUGCCCAGGGAGCAGGCGCGCUUCAAGAGGGUCGACGAGGACUUCAGGUCCAUCAUGGCAGAUGUUCAGCGAGACAGUCGGGUGACGUCUCUGACGGCGCGGGCCGGCAUGCGCAACUCUCUCAUCACCAUCCUGGACCAGCUGCAGCGCUGCCAGAAGUCCCUCAACGAGUUCCUGGAGGAGAAGCGUUCAGCCUUCCCUCGUUUCUACUUCAUCGGGGAUGACGAUCUGCUGGAGAUCCUGGGCCAGGCCACCAACCCCAACGUCAUCCAGUCACACCUCAAGAAGCUCUUCGCUGGCAUCAGCAGUGUGGACUUUGAUGGAGAGUUCCAGCACAUCAGAGCCAUGCGCUCCCUGGAGGGGGAGGUGGUGCCCCUCAGGAACCUCAUCCGCAUCUCCAACGAUGUGGAGGUGUGGCUGAGCCAGUUGUCCUCAGAGAUGAAGGAGACCCUGAAGCAGCUGCUGUGUGAGUGUGUGGCGGCCGGCAAGAGGGGAGCUGUGGACCCCUCACGAUACCCCUCACAGAUCCUGUGUGUGGCAGAACAGAUCCAGUUCACGGAGGAGGUGGAGAAGGCCCUCAAGCAGCAGGGGCUACACCAGCUGGAGCUGGAGCUCAUGGCCAAGCUGGAGCAUUAUACUGCAGUGGACACCAGCACUGAGGACACUCACGGCAGCACAGACUCGAGCGUGCUGCAGCUGAAGCUGAAGGCCCUGAUCCUGGACAUCAUCCACAACAUCGAGGUGGUGAAGACGCUGACACAGGAGCAGGCCCACAGCACCGACUGCUGGGCCUGGAAGAAGCAGCUGCGCUUCUACCUGCGGCAGGACCGCCGCUGCUGCAUCCAGAUGGUGGACGCAGAGUUUCAGUACACCUACGAGUACCAGGGGAAUGCUGCCAAGCUGGUGCACACGCCCCUGACAGAUAAGUGCUAUCUGACGCUGACCCAGGCCAUGAAGAUGGGCUUGGGGGGAAACCCCUACGGACCCGCCGGCACCGGCAAAACCGAGUCAGUCAAGGCCCUGGGGGGCCUGUUCGGCCGGCAGGUGCUGGUCUUCAACUGUGACGAGGGUAUCGACGUGAAGUCGAUGGGCCGUAUCUUCGUGGGCCUGGUGAAGUGCGGGGCGUGGGGCUGCUUUGAUGAGUUCAACCGGCUGGAGGAGGCUGUGCUGUCGGCCGUGUCCAUGCAGAUCCAGGCCAUCCAGAACUCCCUCAAGAACCAGAGGCACACCUGCGAACUGCUGGCCAAGGAGGUGGAGCUGGACCCCAACUCUGGCAUCUUCAUCACCCUGAACCCGGCGGGCAAGGGCUACGGCGGGCGGCAGAAGCUUCCGGACAACCUGAAGCAGCUCUUCCGGCCUGUGGCCAUGUCGCGGCCCGACAACGAGCUCAUCGCCGAGGUCAUCCUCUACUCCGAGGGCUUCAAGGACGGCAAGGUGCUCGGGCGCAAGCUGGUGGCCAUCUUCAACCUGGCCAGGGAGUUGCUGACCCCGCAGCAGCACUAUGACUGGGGUCUGCGUGCUCUGAAGACAGUGCUGAGGGGCUGUGGCAGUCUACUGCAGCAGCAGAGGAGGAGCGACAACACCAGCAUCAAGGAGAGCCACCUGGUGGUGCAGGCUCUGCGUCUGAACACCAUGUCCAAGCUGACCUUUGCGGACAGCUCACGCUUCGACGCGCUGGUGCGGGACGUCUUCCCUGGCGUCGACUUCAAGGAUGUGGAGUACGAGACGCUCAGCGCCGCCCUGGAGGCAGUCUAUGAGGAGGCACACCUGGAGAUCAUACCCAGCCAGAUCAAGAAGGCCCUGGAGCUGUACGAGCAGCUGCGUCAGCGCAUGGGCGUGGUGGUGGUGGGGCCGAGCGGCGCGGGCAAGUCCACGCUGUGGCGCAUGCUGCGUGCGGCGCUGGGCCGGGCGGGCCGCGUGGUGCGCCAGUACACCAUGAACCCCAAGGCCAUGCCACGCCAGCAGCUGCUGGGACACAUCGACAUGGACACGCGCGAGUGGUCCGACGGGGUGCUCACCAGCAGCGCCCGGCAGGUGGUCCGCGAGCCACAGGAGGUGAGCUCGUGGAUCAUCUGUGACGGUGACAUUGACCCGGAGUGGAUCGAGUCCCUCAACUCGGUGCUGGACGAUAACCGCCUGCUGACCAUGCCCAGCGGCGAGCGCAUCCAGUUCGGCCCCAACGUCAACUUCCUGUUCGAGACGCACGACCUCAGCUGCGCCUCCCCUGCCACCAUCUCACGCAUGGGCAUGAUCUUCCUCAGUGAUGAGGAUACGGACGUGAACUCUCUGGUGAAGUCGUGGCUGAAGCACCAGCCGGAUGAGUGCCGAUCGAACCUGGAGAAUUGGCUGGGGGAUUACUUCACCAGGGGCCUGGACUGGGUCCUCAAACAGAAUGACUUUGUGGUGGAGACCAGUCUGGUGGGGACGGUGAUGAAUGGCCUGUCUCAUCUGAGCGGUGUGCGCGAGCGCGGCCAAUUUGUGGUCGGCCUCAUCCGGGGCCUGGGUGGCAACCUCAACCUCAAGGCACGCCAGGAGUUCGCCAAGGAGGUUUUGAGCUGGGCCCGUGAGAGUCCGCCAGACCCCCGCAAGCCCUUGGACACGUACUACGACUCGGACUCGGGUCGCCUGGUGGCGUAUCAGCUGGAGCGUCCGGAGCACCUGAGCGUGGAGGACUUCAGCAACCCGCAGCGCCUGCCCGUCAUCCAGACGGCCGCCAUGCAGCGCGGCCUCCACUACUUCAACCAGUGGCUCUGCACCGAGCACCGGCAGCCCUUCCUGCUGGUGGGGCCCGAGGGCUGCGGGAAAGGGAUGCUGCUGCGCUACGCCUUCUCGCGGCUGCGCUCCACGCAGGUGGCGGUGGUGCACUGCAGUGCCCAGACCUCCUCGCGCCAUGUGCUACAGAAGCUCACCCAGACCUGCCUGGUCAUCAGCUCCAACACGGGCCGCGUCUACCGGCCCAAGGACUGCGAGCGCCUGGUGCUCUACCUCAAGGACAUCAACCUGCCCAAGCCCGACAAGUGGGGCACCAGCAACAUCAUCGCCUUCCUCCAACAGGUGCUGACCUACCACGGCUUCUACGACGAGAACCUUGAGUGGGUGGGGCUGGAGAACAUCCAGAUCGUGGCCUCCAUGUCAGCGGGGGGCGCUGUGGGCAGACACCUCCUCACCACCAGAUUCACCUCCAUAGUGCGCAUCUGCACCAUAGACUACCCUGACCGCGAGCAGCUGCAGACCAUCUACGGGGCGUACCUGCAGCCGGUGCUGCAAAGGACCCUGGGAGAUCAUGCCGCCUGGGGCACCACGGGGAAGAUCCACCAGCUGGCCGGCUCGCUGGUGCAGGUGUACGAGCAGGUCAAAGCCAAGUUCACGGUGGAUGACUACAGCCACUACCUGUUCACGCCGUGCAUCCUCACCCAGUGGGUGCUGAGCCUGCUCCGCUACGACCUGACAGCAGGUAAAUCCACUACGGCUACAGACACGGUGUUGGAGAUCGUGGCUUACGAGGCCCGCAGGCUCUUCAGAGACCGCAUCGUCACCGCCAAGGACCUCAACAACUUCGACAAUAUCCUCAUGUCCGUCAUCCGUGGCGACUGGGGCUCCGACGUCCUCGACAACAUGUCUGAUACCUUCUAUGUGACGUGGGGGGCGGCGCAUGAGUCCGGGGCUGUGGUGGCUCCAGGCCAGUCUCUGCCGCCUCACGGAAAACCCCUCGGGCGCCUGGACUCCACUGAUCUCAAGGAGGUCAUCCGCAAGGGCAUAGUGAUGUAUGGGCGUGACAACCGCGAGCUGGACAUCCUGCUGUUCUACGAGGUGCUGGAGUUCAUGUCGCGCGUGGACCGGGUCCUGAGCCGGCCCGGCGGCUCUCUGCUUUUGGCGGGCCGCAGCGGGGUGGGGAGACGCACCGUCACCUCCGUGGUCAGCCACAUGCACGCCGCCACCCUCUUCACCCCCAAGGUGUCCCGCAACUACGCCCUCAAGCAGUUCAAGGCCGACCUCAAGACGGUGAUGCAGCUGGCCGGUAUUGAGGGGCAGCAGGUGGUGUUGCUGCUGGAGGAUUACCAGUUUGUGCACCCCGCCUUCCUGGAGAUGGUCAACAGCCUGCUCUCAUCAGGUGAGGUGCCAGGCCUGUACUCCACUGAGGAGCUGGAGCCGCUGCUCUCCUCCCUGAAGGACCAGGCCUCCCAGGACGGCUUCACCGGGCCCAUCUUCAACUACUUUGCCUACCGCAUCCAGCAGAACCUGCACACUGUGCUCAUCAUGGACUGCACCAACGCCAACUUCACCAUCAACUGCGAGAGCAACCCGGCGCUCUACCGCAAGUGCUCCGUGCAGUGGAUGGAGGGCUGGUCCGAGAGCAGCAUGAAGAAGAUUCCUGAUAUGCUGCUGGCCCAAAUCUCUGGGGAGGAUGCGACCCCCAGUAAAGGUGACAAGAAGAGCAGGGCAGCGUCGUCAGCGGGCCACGGCGAGCUGUCUCGCUCCUUCCUGCAGAUCCACGAGUCGUGCCGGGAGUACGGCGCCACGCCCAGCCAGUACAUGUCCCUUCUGCGCGUCUACGGCACCAUCCACAGCACCAAGCAGGCCGCGCUCACACACAGGCAGAGCCAUCUGCAGGCGGGCGUGGCCAAGCUUAACGAGGCCAAGGCACUGGUGGACGAGCUGAAGGGGCGGGCUGCGGAGCAGAGCACCUUGCUGAGGACCAAACAGGCCGAGGCCGACGCUGCACUGCAGGAGAUCACAGUGUCCAUGCAGAAUGCCAGCGACCAGAAGACGGAGAUGGAGAAGAUCAAAGGCAAGAUGGCGCAUGAGGUCUCCAAGAUCGAGGAGCGCAAGGGCAAGAUUGACGACGAGCUCAAGGAAGUACAGCCACUGGUGGAGGAGGCCAAGAGGGCGGUGGGCAACAUCAAGUCGGAGUCUCUGUCUGAGAUCCGCUCUCUGCGCAUGCCCCCCGACGUCAUUCGGGACAUCCUGGAGGGAGUGCUGAGGCUCAUGGGGAUCUUCGACACCUCCUGGGUCAGCAUGAAGAGCUUCCUGGCAAAGCGAGGCGUGCGGGAAGACAUCGCCACGUUCGAGGCGCGCAACAUCACCCACGAGAUCCGCCAGAGCGUGGAGGAGCUGCUGCACAGGAACAAGGCCUCCUUUGACCCCAAGAAUGCCAAGCGUGCGAGUGCGGCGGCCGCCCCGCUGGCUGCCUGGGUGAAGGCCAACGUGCAGUACUCCCACGUCCUGGAGAAGAUCGAGCCGCUGGAGAGGGAGCAGGCCGGCCUCAUGGACAACCUGCGCAAGACAGAGAACCGCAAGAACAAGCUGGAGGAGCAAUUGAACUCUGUGGGCCAGAAAGUGAACGAGCUGAAAGAGAAGUUCCAGAGCCGCACCACGGAGGCAGCUAAGCUGGAGGCGGAAGUGAGCAAGGCCCAGGAGACCAUCGACGCGGCCGAGAAGUUGAUCCGGCAGCUGGACGGGGAGCACAAGCGCUGGAACGCCCAGGUGGCUGAGAUCACGGAGGAGUUGUCCACCCUGCCCAAGCGAGCGCAGCUGGCCGCAGCCUUCAUCACCUACCUGUCAGCCGCCCCAGAGGACCAGAGGAGAGCCAGCCUGCAGGCCUGGAUGGAGAACUCCGGACUGCAGAAGUUUGACCUUCGCCACUUCCUGUGCACUGAGAGUGAGCAGCUGAUCUGGAAGAGUGAGGGGCUGCCCUCCGACGACCUGUCCAUGGAGAACGCCCUCGUCAUACUACAGAGCUGCGCCUGCCCCUUCCUCAUAGACCCGUCGUCGCGGGCGACCGAGUGGCUCCGUACGCACCUGGCUCAGCACCGCCUGGAGGUCAUCAACCAGCAGGACUCUAACUUUAUGACGUCUCUGGAGUUGGCGGUGCGCUUUGGGAAGACCCUGAUCAUCCAGGAGGUGGACGGGGUGGAGCCGGUGCUUUACCCUCUCCUGCGUCGUGACCUCAUCGCUCAGGGUCCCCGCUACGUGGUCCAGAUUGGUGAGAAGGUGAUUGACUACAAUGAGGACUUCCGGCUCUUCCUGGCCACCCGUAACCCCAGCCCCUUCAUCCCACCUGACGCUGCCUCUAUCGUCACUGAAGUCAACUUCACCACCACCAGGGCCGGCCUCCGUGGACAGCUGCUGGCCCUCACCAUCCAGCAGGAGAAGCCGGAGCUGGAGACCCAGAAGACGCGGCUGCUGCAGCAGGAGGAGGACAUGAAGAUCCAGCUGGCCCAGCUGGAGGAGUCCCUGCUGGAGACGUUGGCUACAGCUCAGGGGAACAUCCUGGAGAACAAGGACCUGAUUGAGUCUCUGAACCAGACCAAGGCCAGCAGUGCCCUGAUCCAGGAGUCCCUGAGCGAGUCCCACCGGCUGCAGGCUUCUCUGGACCAGGAGCGGGAUGCCUAUCUGCCGCUGGCUGAGAGUGCCAGUAAGAUGUACUUUGUCAUCACGGACCUGUCCAAGAUCAACAACAUGUACCGCUUCAGCCUGGCCUCCUUCCUACGCAUCUUCCAGAGGGCCCUGCAGAGCAAGCAGGAGGGUGAGAAUACGGAGGUCCGCAUCGCCUCACUGGAGGCCUGCCUGAAGAGCAUGGUCUACGAGUACGUCUGCAGAUCCCUAUUCAAGGCUGACCAGCUGAUGUUUGCGCUGCAUUUUGUCAAGGGCAUGUACCAGGAGCUCUUCCAGGAGAAUGAGUGGGAUGCCUUCACUGGUCUGAUCGUGGGAGACAUGGUCAGGAAGGCGGAUUCUCAGAAGUCGAUAAAAGAACAGCUGCCAUCUUGGAUUGAUCAAGAGAGACACUCAGCUGUGGCUCUGUUCAAGAGCACGUUCCCGGUGCUGUUCCAGACUCUGUGUCUGAGCGAUGGAGACCUGUGGCUCAGCUUCUCCCGGAGCUCCAGCUGUGAACAGGACUUCCCUGACGCCAUCGCCAGGAAGAUCACACUCUUUCAACAGGUGCUGGUGGUGCAGGUACUCCGACCAGACCGACUGCAGAGUGCCAUGGCCACAUUCACCUCGCAAGCACUAGGCAUGAGGGAGCUGUCUCCUCCUCCGCUGAACCUGAAGCGUCUGUACGCGGAGACCCUGGAGAUCGAGCCGGUCCUCAUCAUCAUCUCCCCCGGUGCCGACCCGUCUCAGGAGCUGCUGGAGCUGGCCAGCGAGACCGUGGGCCGGGAGAACUACCAUGAGGUGGCCAUGGGACAAGGCCAGGCGGACCUAGCGCUGCAGACCCUGAGAGAGUGUGCCCGCAAUGGAGAGUGGCUGUGCCUCAAGAAUCUGCACCUGGUCACCGCUUGGCUACCACUGCUGGAGAAGGAGCUGAAUGCCAUGCAGCCCAAGGCAGGCUUUCGACUCUGGCUGACGGCCGAGGUGCACCCCAAGUUCACCCCCAUCCUCUUGCAGUCCAGCCUCAAGAUCACCUAUGAGGCUCCUCCAGGGCUGAAGAAGAACCUGUUGAGGACGUACGAGUCGUGGAGUGUGGAGCAGGUGAGCAAGGGGGGGAUGCUGGUUCGCUCCCAAGCCCUCUUCUGCCUCGCCUGGUUCCACGCCGUCUGCCAGGAGAGACGCAAUUACAUCCCACAGGGCUGGACAAAGUUCUAUGAGUUCUCCCUUUCCGAUCUGCGGGCGGGAUAUGACAUCAUCGACCGCCUAUUCGAAGGUGACAAGUCGUUCCAGUGGGAGUUUGUGCACGGGCUGCUGGAGAACGCCAUCUACGGAGGCCGCAUGGACAACCUGUGUGACCUGCGCAUCCUGCGCUCCUACCUGCUGCAGUUCUUCAGCAGCCGCCUACUGGGCUCCGGGGGAGCAGGACGCGCACGCAAGAGCAGCCCCUUCCCCACGCAGAUCAACCUGCCCAGCUCAUGCAGCAUACUGGACUACCGCAGCAUGAUUGAGACCCUCCCAGAAGAUGACCGUCCUGCCUUCUUUGGCCUGCCUGCCAACAUUGAGCGCUCUUCCCAACGCAUCAUCAGCUCUCAGGUGAUCUCCCAGCUGAGGAUCCUGAGCAGAUCUGUGGCCGCCGGCUCCAAGUUCGAUAGGGAGCUCUGGUCCAGUGGCCUGUCGCCCAUCCUCAACCUGUGGAAGAAACUCAACCAGGGCUCGACCCUAAUCCACCAGAAGGUGUCCCCACCCAGCGAGAGCCAGGGCUCCCCCAUCCUGUCCUUCAUCGUGCUGGAGCAGUUCAACGCCAUCCGGCUGGUGCAGGCCAUCCACCAGUCCCUGGCCGCCCUCAGCAAGGUCAUCAGGGGCACCUGCC